GCCGCCCUGGAGCCUGCGCAGGCGCGGGGGCGCCAGAGACUGAUGGCGGAAGUGGAUCUGGUCGCCGAGUUCCCCCAGCCAGCCGGUGCCGCGCGCUGGGCCGAGGUUAUGGCUCGCUUCGCCGCCAGGUUGGGCGAGCAGGGCCGACGGGUGGUGUUGGUCACUUCUGGAGGCACCAAGGUGCCACUGGAAGCCCGGCCAGUGCGCUUCCUGGACAACUUCAGCAGCGGGCGGCGCGGUGCAGCCUCGGCCGAGGCCUUCCUGGCCGCGGGUUACGGCGUUCUGUUCCUGUACCGCGCGCGCUCCGCCUUCCCCUUUGCCCACCGCUUCCCGCCCCAGACCUGGCUGUCGGCUCUGCGGCCCUCCGACCCAGGCCCUUCGGGCUUGCUGAGUCUGGAGGCCGAGGAGAAUGCACUCCCGGGCUUCGCUGCGGCUCUGCGGAGCUACCAGGAGGCUGCGGCUGCCGGCACCUUCCUGGCCGUAGAGUUCACCACUUUGGCGGACUAUUUGCAUCUGCUGCAGGCUGCGGCCCAGGCCCUCAAUCCGCUAGGCUCUUCUGCGAUGUUUUACCUGGCUGCGGCCGUGUCAGAUUUCUAUGUGCCUGUCUCUGAAAUGCCUCAACACAAGAUCCAGUCAUCUGGGGGCCCACUGCAGAUAACAAUGAAGAUGGUGCCAAAAAUGCUUUCUCCUUUGGUUAAAGACUGGGCUCCCAAAGCAUUUAUAAUUUCCUUUAAGUUGGAGACUGACCCCUCCAUCGUAAUUGAUCGUGCACGGAAUGCUUUGGAAAUUUAUCGACAUCAAGUGGUGGUGGCUAAUAUCCUUGAGUCCCUACGGUCCCUUGUGGUUAUUAUAACCAAAGACUCAGAAACCAAGUUAUUGCUAUCAGAAGAAGAACUAGAAAAAGGCAUAGAGAUAGAAGAGAAGAUAGUGGAUGACCUUCAGUCUCGACACACAGCUUUUAUAGAUGACAAAAACUGAAGUAAAAAGCCCAUAUAGGAUCAAAAAUUGUUCAGUGGACCAGGGCUCUUACGAAUGGUGAGAACUAGAAUAAAUCCUUUGCUUUCAUAAAGACAGAAAAUGAAGGGACAAAGCAGUGAGUGGUGUGCAGGCGAAUAUGGUUUGGUAUUUGUCUUUUAAAGAUCAUUUCAUCCUCGUUAAAAAUGAAAACAAAGGCAAAGCAGUUAUGACCAAACCACCUGACACACUCACCUAAAUGUCAACUUGAUUUUGAAAAUGAACAGGAGCUGUUUCUCACUUGUAAGAAAAAGAGCUUAUUGGGAAUUAUAUUCCUCAAAAUAUACAUAUGGGGCCUGACUAUCAACCUCCUUCAUACUAUAAAAAGGAUUAUGGAUGCAUGAAUGGCCAUGCUUUGAAGAUCACAUAUUUGUUGAUGCCUGCUAUGUGGUAGGACCUGAGGAUUAAAAAGGUGAAUGAACAUGCCUAAUUUGGGAAAUGGAUAUCUAAAAAAUUAAGUGCAAUAAAAUGUGUGCCCAAAAGCCGA